UACAUUUUAUUUCUUUUAAAAAACAACAACUUUGUAAUGUAAUGCUCGUUGAUAAGGAUUUUAUUUUGAAAGCUUGUAAAAGAAAGACUUAUCGGUUUCAUUCUGGCUGACUUGACACAGUUAAAGCAAACAGUGUCCUGUAACAGUUUAAGUCUAAAAUUAGGGAGGCACCCCAACAGCAAAUGACGCAAGAAGGCUAAACUGGACAGUCUACUCGUCUCUGCAUGUCAAUGGUAACACGACUCAGGACCAUGGAAACGCUCCCUACAACUUUGCUGUUGUUGAUGACAUGGAGGGUAUUUUUAGAUGUUGUUGUCAUAUUUCCUUAACAGCCCGGCUGCGGCGUUCAGUAUAAAGGACCCUUUCAAAAUGCAGUUGUACAACAGUGCGCUGACACACUACCCGAAGUCGUCUCGCAAAGUUACAAUAACUUUAUCGGCUGGAUCCGAGCGUUUGAACGGGACAACACCAAGUCCCUCUGAGACUGAUAAACCAGAAUUUACACACCCAGGCACAACUUCAACGGCCAACGAGGAUCCGGUGAGAGAGACUGCUUCUUCCGCAAACAUGCCUGCGUUUUCAUGUUACGAGGCUUCAUCUAUGAGGCCAAUUUACUUCACAUCGACUGCUGAAAUAUUAAUCCGCAGACCUGAUGGAGUGGAGAGGUCUGUGCCUGUCCAUGUCAUGCGGGAGUCCAAGACCAAACCACCCUCUCCUGUUUCACAUAAUGGUGGAAGUAUCCUCUGUAAUGACUGUGACUCUGAUGUGAUUGUGGAUUUGAUAGAUCAUCUAAGAAAUGGGACAGAUGAGCUUUUUCCUGACUGCCCAGAGCUGGUUGGAAAUCACCUUUUCAACAGUAACAACAUCCAUAGACCCAGAAUAGAAGAAAAAAAGAGGAUGGUUGGAAAUUUAAGUGAGGAUGAUACAGUUUCAGUGACUAAUGCCCCCCUCAGAAGCAAUGGAUGGGUGUCGUUGCGUGAAGACGAGUUAGUUCCCUCCAGGGCAGCUCAUCCUGAAGACCUCAUAACGGAAGAUUUUAGUGAUCUGAGCAGUGGCAAAGCUGCUCCAGCAUCAGAUGAGAGACGGGCCUUUGAGCUCAGCGUUCUGCAGGAGUCGCCCCCACAGAGACGCCAAGAGAGAGGGGAUGUCAAUGAUAAAGUCACCCGGUACUUGGCUGAAGUGGAGAAACAAAACAAGUACCUCCUGGAGAGGCAUAAAUACAGGUACCACAUCAUUCCAGAUGGCAACUGUCUGUACAGGGCUGUGUGCAAAGCCACGUACGGAGACCAGGCGAGGCACGCGGAGCUGAGGGAGCAGACGGUGCACCACAUCGCAGACCACUUGGAUGAGUUCAACCCCAUCAUCGAAGGGGAUGUAGGGGAGUUCCUGAUCAAUGCGGCGCAGGACGGUGCCUGGGCGGGGUACCCUGAACUUCUCGCCAUGAGCCAGAUGUUGAACGUCAACAUCCACCUGACAACAGGGGGGAGCUUGGAGAGCCCCACUGUCUCCACCAUGGUGCACUAUCUCGGGGAGGAGGAUGCUUCCAAGUUGGCUAUCUGGCUGAGUUGGCUCAGCAAUGGUCACUACGACGUCCUUCUAGACAAGUGUCUCCCCAACCCAGAGUACGAGGACUGGUGCAGACACUCACAGAUGCAGAGGAAACGAGAUGAGGAACUGGCAAAGUCGAUGGCAGCCUCAUUAUCCAAAAUGUACAUCGAGCAAAAUGGAUGUGCAUGAAAGAAAUACUGUAUGUUGAGAGUUAAAGAAUGCAUACUGAUACAGUAGAAUGCAGAACCACUAAUUCUGCUUGGUUUCUACAUGCUUGAAAUGAUUUUUUAUAAGAUUUUACAGUGAGAAAGGUAGUGCAGUGCACAUACUUUGGUUUUUGUAUAUGCCAGCAUUGCCAAAUUAGUGGCAGUGGAAAGUGUGAAAGUGUGUGAGCCGGUUCUUCUUGAUAGUUUGGGUUAUGUUGACAUGAUUGAAAUUCUUUAAUGCUGUUCAGUUACUGUACAUGGAAGUGAGUAUACAGUAUUUAUUUGCCUUUUAUUGCCAGACCAGUUAUUUUUAUAUAAUGUUUGUGCUUUGUAGGCCAUUGCCAAUUACAGAGAAACUUGGUUUGCCAUUUUUCACUAUAGCUACAUUGUUUAUCUGUAUAGCAACUCUCUUUUGCACAAAAGUCCUAUCAGACAAGUCCAGAGAGUUUGAUUUGUGUCAGUGAGAACAAUUAAAUGGUUCUUUUUCCAUUAUUCCAGUUCUUUUUAGGCUUUUGACAAAAUAUUUCAAAAUAAAGUUUUGAAGAAACCUGA